AUGAGUCUCGCUUGUUCUUUGGUGUUGACAGCGGCAGCACAGAAUUAUUAUCCGGCAGACAUCGGGAAUACGUGGGUUUUUGAGAGUGUUGAUGGUGCAGAACGGAGCACCUAUACGCUUGAGGGACCCGAAAUUAUUGACGGUCAAGAGCGUAUCCUCCUGAAAAUUAGUACCGAGGAACUCAGCACUGGAGAAGUUGACACUGACAGGUAUUUUUUGAGUGUCGGUAACGAAGCCAUUGAACUCCAUAGAACUAUCUUUGAAUUAGUCGACCCGCCUGCUAUCGUGACUGCAGAUUUUCCAACGCCUGUUACUUUUUUCCCUUUACAGUUGGAACUCGGCGAUGCGUGGCAGAUAGCGGCGGAUGCAGAAGCGAAACUGGAGAUCGGACUUGAUUUAUCUGGGAGCAGCAUCACUGACUUGGAAGUUAUUGGAUUUGAGGACGUGAUUACCCCAGUUGGAACAUUCGAGAACUGUGCCAAGGUGCAGUUAGAUUUGAAUUUCACUGUAGGUGGAUUCCUAAAUAUUGAUUCAAAUACUCACCAAUGGUUCGCUCCCGAUGUAGGUCCUGUCCAAUUCGAGAACAGCGAUGGGCUGCUCUUUAGCUUGGUGAGUUCCAAUCUGCUAACCGUGCCUGAGGAACCUGAAACUACAGAGGAAGAUAGCACCCCCGAACCGCCUCCUGAGGAGGAUGUUAUACCUGAACCGUCUUCUGAGGAGGACGCAAUAUCCGAACUCCCUCCUGAGGAGGACGCUAUGCCUGAACCCUCGCCUUACGAUGUGACAGGAGACGGAAUCGUGAAUAUCUUGGACCUCACUUUUGUGGCUUCUCGUUUCGGAGAAUCCGAUUCUGACGCAGAUGUCACGGGCGAUGGGGUUGUUAACGUUCUGGAUUUGGUGCGUAUCGCGCAGAAUCUGGGUAAUUAA